CUCUGCUGGAGGAGAUAAAGGAGGUCACUCAGCUCCUCCAUAACAGGUGGGGGGAGCGGGGACGUAUAAAAGGGGGGCCAGGAGGCAGAGGAGACACCGACCCCAGGAAGUGCCUCGCUGCGCUCCCGCUCGCUUCCCAGGCGUCCCUGUGCGGCAUGGCCAAGCGCCCGCUGCUGCUGCUGCUGGCCUUGUGGGUGCUGGCUGGGGAGCUGUGGCUGAGCGCCGAGGCCCGGGCAGCACCCUACGGCGUGAAGCUUUGCGGCCGGGAGUUCAUCCGAGCUGUCAUCUUCACCUGUGGGGGCUCCCGGUGGAGACGGUCAGACAUCCUGGCCCGCGAAGCUAUGGGCGAUGCCGUCCCAGACGCCGACUCUGACGCAGACAGCGAGCUGGAGGAGGCAGUGGCCUCCAGCCAGUGGCUGGCCCCAGUCAAGUCCCCUCAGGCUUUCUCCGGGGGCCAGCCCAGCUGGCAGGGAGUGCCGGGUGCUCUUCGGGGCGGCCGUGAUGUCCUGGCCGGCCUCUCCAGUACCUGCUGCCAGCGGGGAUGCAGCAAGAGUGAAAUCAGCAGCCUCUGCUAGCCCAGGCGCCGGCCAGGCCCCUGCCUCCGACUCUUCACGCAUUCAUUCAUCAGCAAGUCACGGAGGCCAGCCUGUGGGCUCAAACACAGUCGCCCCCCAAACAAGCCUGACCUUGGACCAGUCUGUCCUGACCCUGAGCAAGCUGCACUCCUACUGGGCCGAACAGGGACCCUUGAUCCUGACCCCUGACUUUUCGCGGGCCCAUAUCCUGCCUUUGCUUGGCCUGCACUGUCCCCCUCUGCAAGGGUGUCCCUACUUCACCUGAGCAGGCCGCCCUGAGCCCCGUGCCUGAACUGUGACUGUCUCCUGCCCCACCUG